GUCGCCUUAUUAAAGGUGAAGCGGCGCGGGGGGACGCGGGGCGAUGGAGUACGCGGAGGCGGAUUAUUACUACGGGGAGGCGGAGGAGGAGGAGGAGGAGGGCAACGGGACGGCGUGCGCCUGGCAGGCGGACUGGGAGGCGUCCUUCUCGCUGCUGCCCGCGCUCUACGCGCUGGUCUUCGCGCUGGGGCUGGCGGGCAACGCGCUGGUUUUGCUGACGGUGUGGCGCGGCCCCCGAGCCAAGCGGCGCUCCGCCGACGCCUACAUCGGCAACCUGGCGUUGGCCGACCUGGCCUUCGUGGCCACGCUGCCGCUGUGGGCCGCCUACACGGCGCUGCGCUUCCACUGGCCCUUCGGCGCGGCGCUCUGCAAGCUCAGCAGCUACCUGGUGCUGCUCAACAUGUUCGCCUCCGCCUUCUGCCUGGGCGGGCUGAGCGCCGAGCGUUACCGCGCCGUGCUCCGCGCCGCCCCCCCGCCGCCCCGCGCCGCUUCCGCGCGUCUCCGCCGCCCCGCGGCUCUGGGCCCUCUGGCCGCGCUGUGGGCGGCGGCGGCGGCGGCCGCUCUGCCCGCCCUGCUGCUCCGCGAGGCGCGGAGGGACGCGCGGAACCGCACGCUGUGCGACCUGCGGUUGUGGGGGGAGGGCGGCGGCGCGGAGCGGGCGGCGGCGGCGCUCAGCCUCGGCACCACCGCGCUGGGCUUCGCCGCUCCGCUGCUGCUCAUGGCCGUGUGCUACUGCUGCGUGGGGAGCGCCGUCCGCCGCCACCUGCGGCCCCGCAGAGCCGAAGCGGCGGCGAGGAGGAGGCUGCUGCGGUUGAUCGCCGCGCUGGUCGGGGUGUUCGCCGGCUGCUGGCUGCCUUUCCAUCUGCUGAAGAGCCUCUUCGUGCUGGCGGCGGCCGGGCUGCUGGAGCUGCCGUGCGCUCUGCUCGGCCUCAUCUCCCGCCUGCAUCCCUACGCCACCUGCCUCGCCUACCUCAACAGCUGCCUCAACCCGCUGCUCUACGCCUUCCUCGACGGCCGCUUCCGCGCGCAGUGCCGAGCGCUGCUGGGGCUGCGCGGAGCCCGACCGCCCCCCGCCGCCUCCUCCACGCCGAGCGCUCCGACGCAGCGCUCCGAGCUGCCCUCCUCGGGGGGCACCAAGGUGUAGCUGCGCCCCUUCCUCCCAAUAAAC